AGGUGAAUUCACAUCUGUGUUGCGUGUUGGAGAGGUUAGCUGAUAGUCCGGGAAGAACCGGUGCAUCUCGUUGAGUUUGUUUCUUAUUCCGGUGGGAUAACAGGAUUUUAUAUCUCGAGGUUUUGAGCGACAAUGAAGGGGCUGAGGGGGGGCUCGGCUCAUUUGUCCGUCGUCGCUGGGAUUUUCGCGACUACGGGAAGUCUCUUUGGAAAACUGGCUGGGAGUGUGGAGAUGGGAUCGAUGGGACUAGCACUCCUCAAGAUUACUUUAUUCGGAGUCAUGAUUCUCUUCAACACAGCUGGUUGCACCUUUUUUGUGAGGAGUCUUCAAGGUUGCGGAUCAUCCUUGCCUUCCACGGUGGUCAGCGCUGCUACCAACUAUUUCUGCUCGGCACUGGUGGGGUUUCUCGCAUUUGGUGAGACGACAUCGAUGCUGUGGUGGUGUGGAACGUCCUUGGUGCUUCUUGGAUUAAUUCUCAUCUGUUACUCCUCAGCUGAUAAAGGGAUUAAGAGUGACGAUAAGGAUAAAAUUGAAUAAUUUUUGUGGAACUCUUUUUAUGUAUUUGAAAUGUAAUAAACUUUUGUAUCGUCAGGAAA